UGAUGUUUUGUUACGUCAUUCUACGAAUGUCAAAUUAUUAAUUCACCAAAAUAUUCAUCUCCAAUAUGUAAACCAUAACUCACUAUUUGGAUAAUGUCUUACAAAAUUUGCAGUGAUGUCUCAAAAGUGACAACGAAAUUUAAUACCUUACACAGUUUUUGCAGAUUGUACCAAACACAUUAUGAAGUGUUAAAGUUAUCAAAAAAUUGUUCACCUAAAGAAAUAAAGAGCGCUUUCAUCAAACUUUCAAAGCAGCAUCAUCCAGAUGUCAAUAAGAGUAAGCAAUCGCAUGCCAAGUUUCAGCAAAUUAACGAAGCCUAUAAAGUAUUAGGCAAACCUGAAAGUCGACGAGAUUAUGACUUGGGUUUAUCACAGGAUCACCCACAUGCAGCAAAACACUAUCAAACUGAAAGAUAUUAUUAUGAACCAAGAACUCGCAACCCAUAUAGUGAUCCACACUUUUGGGCUAAUAGAGACAAGGCACGUGAUGAAUAUUAUAGACAACAUCCAUAUUAUGGAAUAGAUGGAAUUCCAAGAUUAUCCAAUGAAGCUAUUAUAUUUUUCUGUAUUGUUUUUUCGUUAAUAGGCAUGGGUUUGCAGUAUAUAGCAAUAACUAGAUCACAAACUUUCAGAAGAGAUGCUUUAAUUAGAAGAUCCUUAGAAACAGAACAAAUAUUGAAUCAAACAAAGGAAACUGCUGUCAGCAAUGGUAAUGCUGCACAGUUAGAAGCUUUAAAAAUAAAACUUCUAGGACAAACAGUAAAAGAAUGUGAUAACAAAUAAUUCAAUUAAAUUAUUUAUUUAA